CAGACGCCCGGCAAUGCAGUCUUCAUAAUCCUACCCAUUCCCUUCAUCUUCAUAGCAGCAAAGCCUCUUUUCCUCAUCCUCCUCUACUGUUCUUGAUCGCUUCAGGAAGACACACCAGUAAUCCCAUCAUGAGCUACCAGCAGCAGGGCGCCAGCGCCACGGCCUACCCUCCGCCGGGCCAGCAGCAGCAGCAGGCCUACGUAGCGCCGCCGCCGGCCGGCUACCCGCAGCGGGACCAGCAGUAUCCUGACGCCGGCGGCGCCGACACCACCACGAGCCGCGGCGGCCAUGGGCACCACCACGGCGGCGGCUUCUGGAGAGGCUGCUGCGCGGCGCUGUGCUGCUGCUGCCUCCUCGACGCCUGCUUCUGAUCAAGCCAAUUUUAUCCGCCGCGCUCAGUUACGAUACGUGGUCUGACGAGUGCUCCUGCUGUUCAUCACGGUUCAUGUGGAGUCCGGACGUCAUGUACUAGUUGUUUGUUUUCCUUUUUCGCUUGGUUGGUUACACUUUUGUGAGUAAUACUAUUUGUUGGUUGCGCAGCACCAUUUCUGUGUAGUGUAUCAUGGUGAUGUUGCUCGAUCUCUUGUACAUUGAUUAUGUCUAUAUAUAAACAUGGUUCGUAGUAGUA